AUGACAGUAAUAGCCUUUAUCUCCCAAAAAGGGGGCGUAGGAAAAUCUACUUUAGCCCGUGCUUUGGCUGUCGAGACCAGCAAAGGAAAAUUGAAAGUCCUUUUAGCCGAUUGCGACCCUCAGCAAAGAACUAUAAUUAUUGACGGACCUGCUCGCACGAGUAGGAGCACUUUAGAAAUUGCCAGACAGGCUAAUUUACUAAUCCAACCUACUAAUGCUGGAGUUGACGAUUUGGAGCCGGCUAUUAAAGAGUUUCAUGGUCUAGUUCAAGCCGGAAUUAAGAAAGAUAAAUUAAUCUUAGUUCUUAAUCAUAUCGGCUCCACUAAUGAGGAACAAGUAGCUCGCCAAUAUAUUCAAAAAGCCGGUUAUGAAGUUUUAACUACCGGUUUAGAAGAAAAAGUUAGUUAUCGGCAAGGACAAAAUGAAGGUAAAGCCAUUACUGAA